AGCAACAAGGAAAGCGGCUACGUCACCGAGCGGAACUGUAGUGUAGCUCAGCUGAGGUACAGACUCUCCGGCUCACAGUCGAGCUUGCUGUUCUGUGGGACUCUACAGCUGCAGCCACCAUUUUGUGUAUAAACCAUGUACAAUAUGAGACUUCCUGUUGCAGCUGCUGCAAUAAUUGUAGCUAUUCCGUACAGCAUCUCACUUACUGCUCAGUGGUUUUACGGAUGGCCUGAUAAACCCGGGUACAAAAAGUAUAUAGAGGCUCUCAAACCCAAACGAAUAUACCAUUUGACAAGGGCGGUGCUGGAAAUGAUGAAAUAUCUGCAGUACAGCAAGCUAUAUUUCCAAUGGAAACUGUGGUACAAGAAAAACGAUAAUAAGCAAUGUGUGAAAGGUAUUCCCUUUGGGCACAGAGGUAACAAAUUAGACUUGUACCAUUCCCCAAGACUGGACCAGUCAGACACAGAGCUCAGCCCAGUAGUCGUGUUUGUCUAUGGAGGGGCCUGGGGCUCAGGAGAGAGAUCCAUGUACUGUCUGCUUGCUAUACAAAUGGCUAAAGAGCUUAAUGCUUCAGUGAUUUGCCCUGAUUAUUCCACAUAUCCAAAGGGGAAUGUUUUAAAUAUGGUUCAGGACAUAAGUGACAGUCUGAUGUGGGUGAGAGAGAACGGACAUUCAUUCCAUCUUGACAAAGAUAAUAUAGUGUUAAUAGGCCACUCAGCAGGAGCUCAUCUGUGUGCGCUGACCACACUGUUUCUACUGGAAGGUGUGGAGUCGCUGUUCAUCGAGCCAUUCAGACAGAGAGAAAUGAUAAACUCGAUUAAAGGCGUCAUAGGUUUGAGUGGCGUGUACGAUGUAAUGGACCAUUAUGAACAUGAGAAGACACGAGCUGUUGAAUACAUCUCCACUAUGCACAAAGCCAUGGAUGGCGUCGAGAACUUUGAGUACUAUUCACCUACAUCUCGAAUCAGGAAGCUAAAGAAGGACCAGUUAGAAAGAGUUCCUCCAGUAGGAUUGAUCCAUGGCACUGAUGACAUCAUCGUUCCAGUGCAGUCAUCAGUGCGACUGUGUGAGCUCCUCACUUCACUCUCCGUCACCGUCACCCUGUACCUCCUGCCCAAAAUCAAUCACACUGAGAUGGUCACAGAUCUCAUGGUGCCAGGCAGACACUUUUAUCAUACAGUAUUUGGCUGCAUCAAACAGGAAUACCGAAAAUUUAUUAGACCAUCUUAAUUUAUGUCUUUUUAUGUCGUCAUGCUUCUGUUGCGCUCUUUCAGUUGUCUUUGCACACGCUGUAAAGUUUGUUUACCUCCCUGUGCUUCCACCUGUAGUGCAUUCUUUAUUAUAGCUAUCAACUGCUAAAACCAAGUCAGGAAUAAACCCAAGGAUUUCAUAUAGUAGUAAUAAUAAUAAUAAUAAUAAUGUAUAAUAGGUUCUAUAUUUUUCAUCUGGAAGGAAUUUCUAAAAAAAUGUAUUUCACACUCAGCAGACAUUAUUAAACAAAAAUGUUUCAGAAA